UUGAAUUCGAUUUGAUAUCAAUUUUUGUUCUCCAAUUAUUAAAAUUAAAAUAAUGUGAUGAUUAAAGAAAAAUAACGUGAAAAAGAUGGCAAAAUCAAAUACAUUAUUAAAAUAUGGUGUUCCGUUUCUGAGUUUCAUGGUGUUAGGAUCAUUUUUACUUCGUGAAUUUACAUCGAUCCGUUAUGAAGUGUAUAAUUAUCGUAGACGUUAUGUGGGAACUAAACGUCGAGAUCUAGAUUAUGUUGAUGAUGAUGAAAAAUCUGAUGAAGUGACUACCACCACCGCCGCCGCCAACAACGAUAAUGAAACUUUGAAAGAAUUAAUUGAAUUAGGCCGAAAUGAUGAAUGGAAAAAUGUUCGUGGUCCAAGACCAUGGGAAGAUAAUCGUGAAUAUAAAGAAAUGGUUGAUAAAGUUGUAAACAAAAAAACCACAACAGCAACAACAACAAAAUCAAUAUAGAUUAAAGGAAUAAAUUUUUAGUCAAACAACAAAAAAAAAAAAAAAUUUUUCACAAAAA